GACAUCUCGGAAGACCCUUUUCAACAUGGGCGUCUUCUCCGACCGAUUGACUUAUUGACCACUGCUCCAUCUAUAAUCUCUAAAUCAGAUGAUUCUGCCUUAAAUUUUGUCAGGGAUUUUAAGGAAUGCAUUCACGAACCCGAUUCUAUUCAAGGUAUACCUACCUUUUGCGAUAAGCUAAUUCAAGAUUCCACUAUUGAUGUGGGUGAUAAUAAAGUGAAUUUUGAGAGUGAUCACGGUUUUAAUUUUGACAAAUCCUCAUCAGAAGAUGAAAGUUUUCUCACACCGAAGCAUGAAAAGGACGUAGAAGAAGAGAGUAUGCUAGCCUAUCAAAUGCAUCGACGUGACUACUAUUCCAGCAAGCUGGGCUUUAGUAUUGACUCUCCGGCUGAGUUAGAGUCACAUCUCUUUCCACUUGUGCGAGGCUAUGUCUUCAUGCUCCAAUGGAUACUCGAUUAUUACUACCUUACUGUUGUCGACUGGGGAUUCUUCUAUGCAUAUCACUAUGCGCCAUUUGCUUCUGACUUCCUUUUAUUCAUUGAUCGUUUAGCUGAUUCUAUUGCCUCACCCUCUUCUGACUCUAUUCAAGAAUCGAGAACUUGGAUUAGCUUUUCUGCUGAUAGCCAGCCUGUGCUUCCUUUUGAGCUUCAGUUUCACAUUUUCCCAUCAGCUAGUGCCUACGUCCUCCCUGGGCCACUCCGUUCUCUGCUUAGUGACCCUGAGUCUCCAUUGGCAUCUUAUUAUCCGACUGAGUAUCAGAGGGAUAUGAACGGCAAAAUUGCUCCUUGGGAAGCAGUUAUAGUAAGUUUGAUUAUGUUUAGAUCUUUUGUUUAUUGGAAUAAAUGUAUAUGCUAG